AUGAAUAAAGCCAUCCUUUUACUCACUUUCUUAGCUGUUUCUAUCAAUGCUUAAGAUAUCUUCAACAUCACCCUUAACAGGAGCUUUGAAUUAAAGCCAUACCCAUUAUAUGGUGAUUAUCCUGAUUAUUGUUCUUACAAUUCUACAGUCACUUUGACCCCCACUACAAGCGCCAAUAACAAUACUUUAUUCACUGGUUUUAAUGUUACAGGAUAAGCUUACGCAAAUUUUACUGGCUGCCCUGCUUACUAUUUAACUUUCGUCACCUCUAUAUAUGAUAAAACUCCUAUUACAUAUAACAACACCCAAAAUAUUGCCUUAGAUAAUAUUUAUGUUAUGGAUAACAUUACUUAAAUUCCUUACAAACUUAUUUCCUAAGUUUCUACUAACAUAAUUAACAACUACAUCAAUGCUACUGCAUAACUUCCUGCUUUCUAGAUUUCUGCUUCAGAUAUAAUUAAAAAUAUUUUUUCCAAAUAAAGUCUCUUCUUUGUUAUUCCUACUGAUUUCAAAAUAGCAUCUGUUUCUGUUUUUACUUUAAUUCCUUUAUCAUUCUGA